AGCUUAUAAGCAACUCCAACCGCUUUCUCCUUCUCCUUCCCUCUCUCCCUCUCUCUCUCUCUCUGCAUGAAGUAGAUUGUUUGCGAGCUCCUUAAAUUCUUGGAAGGAAGAUUGGAAAUUUCCUGAAGGAGCGGACUGCAAAUGACACUUCGCCCAUCUGAUUGAGAGUCAUCAGACGACGCAUCUGGGUAUGGAAAUCCUCUCAUACAACUCUGCACGAUGUAGUAGUGUUGUUAAGUUGAGAUCGAAUUCGGCUGACAGAAUCUCAAAUACGAAGAGAUCAAAGAUUUCUGGUAGUAAAAGGUGUAAGCUUUUGUUCCCGCUAAGGGACUUUGGAAAUGGUUCUUUUAGAUAUUCGGCUGCAGGGCGAAUCGGCUCGAACAAUUCUAAGAUCCCGAGAAGUUCCCAUCUACUGGUCUCAAAUGGAAGCUAUGAUGGGUAUGUGGUCGGAAGCGAAGAGGAUUUGAGCAGUGUUUCAGAAGACGGGAAAUCGAUUCCUAAGGUUCUAAUCCCAGGCUUGCCUGAUGAAUCAAAUGGUGAAUGCAGAGCUCCCAUCAGUAGUUGUUUCUGGGAGUGGAAGCCAAAACUGAAUGUUCACUACGAGAAAGCGGGGUGUGAGAAUUUAAAAUCUCCUGCCAUUUUGUUCCUUCCAGGUUUUGGUGUCGGUUCUUUUCAUUAUGAGAAGCAGCUGAAGGAUCUCGGACGCGAUUACAGAGUUUGGGCGCUCGAUUUUCUCGGGCAGGGCAUGUCUUUACCCUGUGAGGAUCCCACACCAGGACUGAAGGGACAGAAAGAAGAUGCUGAGAGGAAAGAUUCAGUGUGGGGCUUCGGGGAGGAAACCGAGCCGUGGGCAAACGAGCUUGUAUACUCUGUGGAUUUGUGGAGGGACCAAGUCCGUUAUUUUGUGGAAGAGGUAAUUGGAGAACCUGUUUAUGUAGUUGGAAAUUCACUGGGAGGAUAUGUUUCAUUGUACUUUGCUGCAUGCAACCCACAAUUGGUGAAGGGCGUGACCUUACUCAAUGCAACCCCAUUUUGGGGAUUUCUGCCUAAUCGCUCUAGAUCUCCAAGACUCGCUAAAGUUUUUCCAUGGGCUGGGACAUUCCCUCUCCCUCCAAGAGUCAGAAAGCUCACUGAACUUGUUUGGCAGAAGAUCAGCGAUCCAAAAAGCAUCGCAGAAGUUCUAAAACAGGUUUAUGCGGAUCAUUCCACGAAUGUCGACAAAGUCUUUGCUCGUAUUCUCCAAACGGCACAACAUCCUGCUGCUGCCGCCUCAUUUGCCUCUAUUAUGUGUGCUCCUCAGGCACAGCUAUCCUUCAAUGAGGCUUUGUCCCAGUGUCAGGCCCAGAAUGUGCCUGUGUGCCUCGUGUAUGGAAAAGAAGACCCGUGGGUGAAGCCUGUGUGGGGGCGUCAGGUGAAACGGCAGAUUCCAAAUGCCCCUUACUAUGAAAUCAGUCCUGCAGGUCACUGCCCUCACGAUGAAGUUCCUGAGGUGAAACAUCACGAUGCAAGAAUGACUAAUGCCAUGCUUAGAAGCAUGAUAAGCAUCACAGGUGCGUAAUGUGUAUGCAGGUGGUGAAUUAUUUAUUACGAGGAUGGAUAAAAAGCCUUGAGGCAGAGGGUUCGAUCUCGUUACCUCUGCUGGAUGACGUGGAAGCUCCUCAGAACAGCAUCAUCCGAGACUUGGAAUUUGUCCGUGAAGGAGCAAAGAAAUCUCUGAAAGUGAGGGUUGUCGAAUCUAAGUCUGAGUUGUGGAAUAGGAUAAGCUCCUUUAUUGAAUCCCGCCUCGGGAAAGUCAAAUUGAAAUCUUGAUGGAAGAGCAAACUUGAAAAGUCUUUUGCAUAUUUAUAUUGUGUAGAUAUCGAAAUGUAAAGAUGUGAUUGGAUUUCUUAGAACCGUGAUUGCCAAUGGUAACUUUUAUUGCUGUGAUUCAUUA